GGCAACACCCACCCCCGGCUAGUGGAACACGCCGCACAAUUUUGCUUGUGCCGGAGAGCAGAGAGAAGUGAGUUAACCCACAUCUCCUGCGUCCCAGUCUCCCCCCUCACCAUACAUCAGCCAUACCAUCAUGCUCUGGUCUCCUUACAAAUGCAUCGGACACAGCUAAGUGACUCCCCCGUCUAACUCCCCAUGUCCCAGGAUCGAAAAUUGGAAGAGGCUCUAUCCUCUGCCUUCAGCGGUUUAACGAUUGAUACUCCCCAUCACACAGUCCUCCGUUCAGGAGCUGCUUAUCCAAAACCUAUUCCCCCAGCACCCCCAUUACCUCCUGCAAAGAAGCUCCCCUCAGACUUCUCACCAGAGCUUUCCCAGACUACUUCUUCCCAGACAGAACAGCACCAAAGUGACCCAACCAUGAGUGACAAACCUCAAAACGUCAUUUUAAGGGGCGAGGAUAAAAAUCCAAAAUAUACGGGCUCAGAGGAGACCGGCCCCGACCUCCUAACUCACCUGCAGAGGGUAGAGGAUGCUUUUACCAAAUUCCAAUAUACAAAUGAAAAGGAGAAAUUGGCCCACCUUUACGACAGCAUCCACACGGGCCCUUGUCGGGCUCAAUCCAUUAUAAAAAGUGACGCAUUCAAGAAAGCCAAAACAUAUGAUGAAGCGAAAGCAAAUCUCAUCAGCCAUUUCGGCUCCACAUGCAAACAGGGUGCCCUGUCAGUCUUGUUCCGCCUAGCGGCUACCUACCGUCCCAAAAUAAAGGCUAAUAUUGCAGUGGAUGACUGUUUAGGCGUCGCGGGUGGAGCCUUCACAGAGUUUGAAACCCAAUUCCGUCACUCCCCGUGGACUACCGAUGAGAAAAUGAACCUUGAGGAUGUGUGCCGCCUUUUCUCAUACUUUGUCUUUCUCCUCAAUUGCACGGAGACACUCUUCAAAGAGUUACAAAAGGAAGAACCCCUACCAAAAGGUAGAACCCUUUUCAACCACAUCAGUCCCCUGUCGGGACGAGAGCCACCAACAGAACCCCCAUCCUCAGCGGUGAGGGGUGUCAGAUUUCAGAGGGGGCGUCCCCAAAGUCGCUCCCCGACCGGAGCUCAGACCCCUAGGAACCGCUCUGCCACACCCCGCGGCCGCCGCCCUUACACUAGAGGCAGGGGUCGCGGGCGUGGCUAUAACACUCAAUAUUGUUACAACUGCAGAAUCACAGGACACCAUACACGUAAUUGCUGGUACGGCAGCAACACCCAACAGUCAAAUCAAUAUUGUUCCUACCAUAAGACAUCAGGCCAUAACACCAAGGAUUGCCGCGCGAGGCCCCGGGGAGGUAUCUCGUCGGGGGAAGCCUCGCGCGCCACGUCUCCCGCAAUAACAUAGGCUCAGGUACAAAAUCACACCAGGUGCGUGGUAUUCAUACAACACCCCUAACCCGCACACCUUUAAACAAACCAAGUACAUCCACAGCUCAUUUUGACAUUGAAACCCAACCUACGGAUGUUGAAACCACUACCAUGAAACACCACCGCAUUGCUCUUUAUCCCCAAUCCUCCCUUGCCAUGACUGUCCCUGCUAAGUGUAAUGGUCGCCAAAUUAGUGUUUUCAUGGACACAGGGGCAUGUCCCAAUAUCAUAAACAUCGGUACAUUGCGUGCCUUACAUGACGCAAAGACAACCUUGGUAUUGGAACCUCCCUGCCUAAAAUUAAGUGGACUAGAUGACACAUCAUUUAAAGUAGUUGGACACACCCCCUUGUCUAUCCAGUUGGCUAACUCCCUGUCCCCGAUUACAGCCACCUUUCAUGUGUGUCAUGGUUUGACUAUCCCAGGUGAU